AUGUCUUACAAAUCAGUUCAUCUCGCCAACCGGCCUCGGGACCACAUUGAGCAAGACACCUUUGAGGUCAAAGAGCAUAAACUGCCUUCGGAACAUGAACUGCAGAAUGGAGAAGUCAUAUUCCAGUCAAAUUACCUUUCAUUGGAUCCUGCUAUGCGGGGAUGGCUGAAUGACACAAGAUCUUACAUUCCUCCGGUUAAGAUUGGUGCUGUUAUGCGAGGCAAUGGCGUGGGGACUAUUGUUGCGAGUAAGAGCUCCAAAUUCAAGAAGGGAGAAACUGUUUCUGCUAUGUCUGGAUGGAGCGAAGUGGCUGUUUUGAAGGACAAUUUGGUGGAGAAGCUGGACCUUCCUUCGAACGGAACAUUGACAGACUCGCUCGGCGUACUUGGGAUGACUGGUCUGACGGCCUACUUUGGCAUCAUCGAUGUCGGCAAAGUUAAGGCGGGCGACUUCGUGGUAGUUUCAGGAGCUGCUGGUGCCACGGGUAGCGUCGUCGGUCAAAUCGCGAAACUCAAGGGAGCGACUGUUGUUGGCAUUGCAGGUAGCGAUGACAAGUGCAAGUGGCUCGUUGAGGAGCUCGGGUUUGACAAUGCUUUGAACUACAAGGACAAGGACUUCGCCAAGAAGUUCCGAGCAGCUACGAAGCAACUCAUUGAUGUCUUCUUCGACAAUGUCGGAGGAGAGGUCUUGGAUCUCGCUCUUUCAAGGGCGAAGGAACAUUCCAGAUUCGUGAUGUGCGGCGGUAUUUCUCAAUACAACACCAAGAACGCACAGGGACCCAAGAACUACCUCAUGAUUGUGAGCAUGAGAAUCAGAAUGGAAGGAUUCAUUGUAUUCGACUACGAGAAGCAAUACCCGCAAGCGAUAAGAGAGCUUGCACAGUGGCUGGCCGAAGGCAAGAUCAAGCGUCUGGAAACUGUCAUUAAGGGUGGCAUCACCAAGAUGCCGGAAGCCUUAAAGGCGUUGUACGAGGGUGCCAACACUGGCAAACUGUUGGUCGAGGUCAAGGCACCCGCACCGCAGACGUCGCGAGCGAAGUUGUAG